UUUCUUCUUGACAUUUUCUCUGUGUCUCCUCCUUAUUCUUUUUCUUUUUCUUUUUUUCUUGAUCUUGUUAAGCAUGUCUUCAAUACUAAGCUCACAAGGAGUGGUCCUGGCCACUGCCAUGGCGGUCUCUGGCACCGUGAUUCUCCUCGCUUUCCGCCUCCAGAAAUCUUCACCAAACACCCAAUUUCCCGUUACUCGAAUCCCUCGCACCCAAAUUCUACGAUCAUGUAUUUCUUCUGAAGGGAGCAAGAAGGACAAGAAGAAGAACAAGCAGAAAAGGGUCCACUUUGCGGAGGACGCGGUGGAUCCAAGUGGGGAUGGUAAGGAGUUUAGGAGACAGCGCAGUGAGAUUAGCAAUUCUCUAAACUCAAAAUCAUCUUCUUCUUCUUCAGUUUCAGAUUCAUCUCUGAAAUUGAAGAAGAUGAGUAACAAAGGAAUGCCUGCGAACAGAGUGGCUCUCUACAAUGGAAUUCUCAGAGACCGUGUUGUUCACCGUUUGGCUUACUCUUGCUGAUCAUGACUGUUUCUAGAAAGCUUCUCUGGUAUGAUCGGACAAAAUAAAUUAAGGAUAAUUUUCUAUUUUUAACCGUUAA